AUGAAGGACGACGGGGCCUGCUUGUUCCGGGCAGUGGCGGACCAGGUGUAUGGUGACCAGGACAUGCAUGAGGUUGUCCGGAAACAUUGCAUGGAUUAUCUGAUGAAGAACGCCGACUACUUCUCCAAUUACGUCACUGAAGAUUUCACCACCUACAUCAACCGGAAGAGGAAGAACAAUUGUCAUGGGAACCACAUCGAGAUGCAGGCCAUGGCGGAGAUGUACAACCGGCCCGUCGAGGUGUACCAGUACAGUACAGAGCCCAUCAACACGUUUCAUGGCAUUCAGCAGAAUGAGGACGAGCCCAUCCGGGUCAGCUAUCAUCGCAACGUCCACUACAACUCAGUGGUGAACCCCAACAAGGCCACCAUUGGUGUGGGGCUGGGGCUCCCCUCCUUCAAGCCAGGGUUUGCUGACCAGUCUCUGAUGAAGAGUGCCAUUAAAACAUCAGAGGAGUCGUGGAUUGAGCAGCAGAUGCUGGAGGAUAAGAAGCGGGCCACAGAUUGGGAAGCCACCAAUGAGGCCAUUGAGGAACAGGUAGCCAGAGAGUCUUACCUGCAGUGGCUUCGGGACCAGGAGAAGCAAGCCCGGCAGGUCAGGGGCCAAGCACAGCCCCGGAAAGCCAGCGCCACUUGCAGCUCUGCCACAGCAGCGGCCUCUAGUGGUCUGGAGGAGUGGAGUGGCAGGUCCCCCAGACAGCGGAGCACCGCCCCCUCCCCUGAGCAGCAGGACCUUCACUCAGAGCUGGGCCCCAAGCCACCCUCGCCAGGUCAUGCCCUCACUCUCGCCAAACCCCCCUCACCCUGCACACCAGGUCCAAGCAGCCAGUUGGUGACGGGAGGAGACCGAGCCACCUCCCCCCUUGUGUCCCUGUACCCUGCUCUGGAAUGCCGGGCCCUCAUCCAGCAGAUGUCACCUAGCGCCUUUGGUCUGAACGACUGGGACGAUGAUGAAAUCCUGGCUUCCGUCCUUGCCGUCUCCCAACAGGAAUAUUUGGACAGUAUGAAGAAAAACACAGUACACAGAGACCCCCCACCAGACAAGAGUUGAUAACCAGGGACUGGAGCCCCCUGCCCGCCUUCUCCCCUUCCUUCUGCCUUCCACUGCUCUUCCCUCCCCUGGCCUGGCCAGUCCUUGGGGGAUUCUCACACUCUGGUCCAGCCUUGACCACCCCUUGGAUCACAUGCCUUCCUCUACCCGCCCCCUCUACCCCCGCCCCCAGCUCCCUCAAAUAAUGCCCACCUUCUUCCUUGAGCUCCUCUGCACCUAAACUACAACAUGGAUUCAGUGGCGGAAUGAAUUGUGGCCAGGCCCUGAGAAACAGAGGGCCACAGUGGCCCCUUAGACACCAUUGUCCUCACAGCCUUUUGGAUACGCCUGUCAAUGGAGGGAAAUUGUGCUCACCAUCUCUGCUGCCCCCUCUUGAGGGGGUGAUGGUGGGGUGGGGGAAUCCAUAGAACCCCCCCCCCCCCCAGCCUGGAAGACGUCUGACUCGUCAGUGUUUGGGUGUCUUUACCCGUUCUCCCUUUAUUAAAAUGUAAUUUUAUCUUCUAAAAAAAAAAUGCA